AUGUUCCGCCGGCGUGGCUUCAACAUUGCCAGCCUGGCUGUUGGACGCAGCGAGAAACAGGGCCUCUUUUCCCCGCAGGAAUCCUUCGGUCGAGUUAAGCGGGAUCUCACCACCGUCAGCAGUGGUGGCCCGGGAACUGGCACUGCUGAAGGCACCACCUCACCCUCCACCCGCGGCGAAAUUAUGCAGUUCGCCGAGCUGUUCAGCGCCAACAUUGUGGAUGUCGGUUCCACCUACGUGGUUAUCGAAAUCACUGGCGGCGAGCAGAAGGUAGACGCUCUCGAAAACCUCCUGCGGCCCUUCGGCAUAACCGACGUGAAAUGCCGUACGCACCGAAAGGAUAUUGAGGAAGAGGAAGAGAUGGCUAACGAGAAAGUUCUGCUCCUGGACACCACCCUCCGCGACGGCGAGCAGUCGGGCAGGCAUCUGACAUGA